AACAAUUAGGAUACUUGAAGGUUACUUUUGUCAUUUAUUUAAUUUAUAAAUAAAUAAAAGGGGAACCAGAAAAAAAAAAAAAAAAAAAAAUUUGAAAAACAUAGAAGAGACUUGAACAAAAAGAAAGAAAAAGUGAGACAAAUAUUGAAAUUCGUCUCUUUGUCCAGAACACGCCAACCAAUCCAAUAGUAUCACUAAAACAGCGCACGUAAUGAUCAAUGGAUUACUGUUUGAAAACGGCUCUUCUGAUAUGAUUCCCGAUUACGACUGUUAAUCCUGUGACGGUCGGUGGACAGACUACUUUUACCUGACAAGACAGCUUUCGCGAGCAGGGCAUUCCCUUUUUUCAAAGUUGAAAUCCUCAAAUUUACGCGCGCUGUCCCAAGCAGAAGAGGCGUUUUCUUCACGUAUUCGGGAAAGUCUCUCGGAAAAACCCUAGAACUCAUCACACCUCAUCAUCUGAUAGUUAAGCGAUUCCAAAAAAAAUGGCGAUGGCUGGUUUGUACAGGCGAAUCCUCCCUUCCCCUCCCGCCAUCGAUUUCGCUUCAUCCGAAGGAAAGCAACUCUUCCUGGAAGCUGUUCAAAAAGGAACCAUGGAAGGUUUUUUCAAGUUGAUCUCAUACUUUCAGACACAAUCAGAGCCUGCAUAUUGUGGAUUGGCCAGCCUUGCCAUGGUCUUGAAUGCCCUCUCUAUUGAUCCAGGCAGAAAAUGGAAAGGGCCUUGGAGAUGGUUUGACGAGUCUAUGCUGGACUGUUGCGAGCCCUUGGAAAAGGUUAAAGCUAAGGGCAUCUCAUUUGGAAAGGUGGUAUGCUUGGCUCGCUGUGCUGGAGCAAAAGUUGAUGCUUUUCGGACAAAUCUGAGCACUAUUGAUGAUUUCCGUAAGCAUGUAAUGGAAUGUUCCACUUCUAGUGAUUGCCACGUGCUCACAUCAUACCAUAGAGGAACUUUUAAACAGACAGGAGCCGGUCACUUUUCACCUAUUGGUGGUUACCAUGCUGAAAAGGAUAUGGCACUGAUUCUGGACGUUGCACGUUUUAAGUAUCCUCCUCAUUGGGUUCCACUAACACUCCUUUGGGAAGCCAUGGACACUCUGGACGAAGCAACUGGACUCAGUAGGGGGUUCAUGCUAGUAUCUAGGCUUCAUAGAGCGCCAUCACUUCUUUAUACCCUGAGCUGUAAACAUGAGAGUUGGAUCAGUAUUGCAAAGUACUUGGUGGAUGAUGUCCCUCUUCUGUUGAAGUCUAAGGAUGUGAAAGAUAUUAAGGAUGUGCUCUCCAUGGUUCUAAAAUCUCUCCCCUCAAAUUUUGGGGAAUUCAUCAAGUGGGUUGCUGAAGUUCGGAGACAAGAGGAUGGUGAUCAAAGUUUAAGCCAAGAGGAGAAAGGAAGGCUUGUUGUUAAGGAAGAGGUAUUGAAACAAGUGCAGGAGACAGGUCUACAUGAACAUGUGACAUAUUUUUUAAAUUCAGAAAAAUCAUGUUGCAGAUUCAUUCCAACUUCAAGUGAUGAAGAUAGUUUGCCUGAAAUAGCAGCAAGUGUUUGUUGCCAGGGGGCAGGGUUUUUUGUAGGGAGGUCAGGCUCAUCAGAUCGGUUUUGCUGUCGGGAAACAUGUGUGACAUGCUUUCAAGCUAACGGCGACAAGCCCAUUACAGUAGUGUCCGGGAUGGUGCUGAAUGGUAAUGGUAAGCAAGGGGUUGAUGUCCUGGUCCCUUCAUCUCAAAUGAAGGGUUGCUCUGGCUCUGUCCCAGAUAAUUGCAUUGUCAUGCAUCCAGCUAGCAAUGAUAUUCUUACAGCACUUCUAUUAGCCUUGCCUCCAGAAACAUGGUCGGGUAUCAAAGAGGAGAAGCUUUUGCAGGAAAUACGUAGUCUUGUUGCAUCUGAAAACCUUCCUACUCUGCUCCAAGAAGAGGUUUUGCACUUGCGAGGACAACUUCAUCUUCUCAAGAGAUGCCAAGAUGAUAAGGUCAUAGGUCAAGAAACAAGAGGUGUCUCUCAGAGAUUGAAAUUCCACAGUGAAGAAGCUGGAAUUGACUGCCAGAGUUGGAAGCACAGUUCAAAGUGGAACCACAUGAUUAAGGAUAGCGAUGGGUUGUCUUAUUCCGAUAACCUGCCCCUAUCACAUGCCUUAAAUCGUUUUAUGGGUGGGUUCGGGGAGAAAUAUAACUCUCAGAGAUUGAAAUUCCACAGUGAAGGAGCAAGAAUUGUCUGCGAGAGUUGGAAGCACUGUUCAAAGUGGAACCACAUCAUUAAGGAUAGCAACGGAUUAACUUAUUCCGGUAACCUGCUCCAAUCACCUGUCUCAAACCGGUUUAUGGGUGGGUUCAGGGAGAAACAUGUAAACUUGCCUUGUGCUAGGAGCAAGGUACGAUUUAUGGCCAAACCUUCCCCGUUAUCCUUCGUAUGUUGUAGAAAGCCCAGUUUUCCCUGUAGUUUGUCUGUUCCAUUCGGCUGCCUCACUUAGAGAAGACGGGUGGUAUCAUAGAGGUGCCUGUGUUGCUGCCUGCCAUUGCCGAAGUAUUUAUUAACUGAUUUAAGUGAAGUUUUAUAAAGAGUUCACUUGUAACACUAGUAGCUUUUGCCCUUCCGAGCCAGAGAAGCUGGUAUGGUUCGUUUGCGUUCAGACGCUGUGUUUAGUACAUCCCCAUCCUGUAACUAGUUGACAUAGUAUAUAUUAACCGGUAGAAUUCUUGGAAUGGUUGAAAGAUAUUCCAAACGGAAUUAAAUGAUCACUUCCCUUGGUUAUACGAGAUUAUGGUUUUGGUGA